AUGGAAAUAUACUUAUCAAUCGUAUUAAUUGCGUGGAUUGUUGAUAGUUGCUACGCAACCAACCUUAUUUAUACAUCGAAAGGUGUGAUUGACCCCAACCCAUAUGUUGGCAUGAAAAAAAAUGAUAGAGCUGCCGUUCACUCUCGUCGUAAACGUUCUACUGAUUUUACAAGCAGUGAGGCGCAAGCUAUAGUGGAUAAACACAAUGAUUUGAGAUCUAGUGUGAGCCCCGAAGCCGCAGAUAUGAGCUUCAUGGUCUGGGAUGAAAAUUUGGCAACUUUAGCGCAACAGUGGUCGGAAGAGUGCAUUUGGGAUCAUGGAUUUCCUGAGCCAAAUCUAUCAAAGUUCAGCUCAUAUGGACAAAAUUUGUGGUUAGGGAGCGGUUCGGCAGACAACCCACCUGACGGCGCCGUGGCUACGCAAUCCUGGUACAACGAGCAAAGAAUGUACACUUAUGAAACUAGGGAGUGUACAGGUGUGUGUGACCACUAUUACCAGGUUGUGUGGGCUACUUCAUAUUCGGUGGGAUGUGGUCUAUCAUUUUGUGAAACUACUAACGAUGGUCAUAACAACGCCUGGAUAAUAACGUGUAAUUAUGGGCCUGCAGGAAAUUACAACAGACAUCCAUACAUUAGUGGACCAAGCUGUACUAAGUGUUCCUCUGGUGUAGGGCAGUGCUACAACAACUUAUGCCGCCUGUGUGAAGAUCACAAUGAAGAGUGUAUUUGCAACCAGAAAUGUCAUAAUUGUGGAACUUUAAAUACUACUUCGUGUCGUUGUGACUGCCAACCAGGUUUCAUGUUGGACGACUGUUCAGCUGAAUGCGGAGACACACAUACAAUGUGUAAUGUUGGCUGGUUUCGUGGACAGUGUAGUGGUUACGAAUACGUCCGAGAAGGAUGUCGAUUAAUGUGCAACCUUUGCUCUCCGGUGCCGGAAGACUUCGUAUGUGAUAAUAUUGUUGAAGAAGACCAUUCAAUGAUAGAACCAACAUCACCAUCAGGAGAUGAUAUUGUAGAAGUCGUUCCAACAUCACCACCCGGAGAGGACGGACAGAACCAGUGUGCAGAGGAGGAAUGCCAAAAUGGCGGGACAUUUGAUGUCAGCACAUGCAAAUGCGCAUGCCCGAGUGGAUACCAAGGCAAUACCUGUGAAGAAAAUAAAGAACAAGUAAAGAACGGAGUACAAGUUACCAUAGCCGCCUCAAUUACAGUGUGGGAUGGUAUAAAAUCAGCUUUAUUGCAGUCUAUCGCAGAUAUCCUUGACGAAUUUUGCAAUACUCCAACCAACUACGGCCUUUGCUGCCCAAGUAGUGGAAACAGAAUCGGGUACGUGUGUGAGAUUUCCUUUUUCAUAACUCCAUGGUUUAUUUCACUCUCCUUAACCAACGAGCAAUAG